CUUUUAUCUACAGCCGAUAUAAAAUAAAGUGAUUCUCCCUUUAAUUUUUCAAAUUGGGUUUUUUUGUCAGAUCAGGUUGACAAGACCUUUUGAAUGUAACAUCGAAUGCCAACAAUAUAUGCGCUUUAUGCUAAAAGAGUUUCGACAAGACUUACAGGUCUAUUUUAGUCCUUGAAGUUAAGAACAUUUAGUUUCUUUUUUCUCUAAAAUGUCAUUUGUUUCGUUUUAAAUUCAUUUUCUCAAUGUCAUUUCUAGCGAACAAUUGGUCUAAUUGUAACUUGCUUGAAAUCAGGCGGAGCAGUGACUGUUGAUUCAAAAUUUGCAAAGUUACUACUAGCUAUUGUGCCAUCUUGAUCAACUGUUUUUUCUUCUUCUUUCUUUUAUCUAUCUAUUUAUUACCGCAACCAUGGUCAACUCUCCCAACGACGUCAAGAUUGCUGUUAUCGGUGGUUCAGGUCUUUAUAACCUUGAAGGUCUCGAAGUCAUUGAAGAAGUAAACCCCGAAACUCCUUGGGGUUUCCCCAGUGACAAGAUUGUUAUCUCUCGUCUUCCUAGUGGUAACAAGAUUGCAUUCUUGGCUCGUCAUGGCCGUGGUCAUUACUUGACUCCCACUGAAGUUCCUGUUCGUGCCAACAUUGCUGCUCUCAAGUCCCUCGGUGUCGAAGUCAUCAUUGCCUUCUCUGCUGUCGGUUCUUUGCGUGAAGAAAUCCCUCCUUGUGAUUUCGUCUUGCCCGAUCAAUUGAUUGACCGUACCAAGGGUCUUCGCCCCUCCACUUUCUUUGGUGAAGGCGUUGUUGCCCAUGCUGGUUUUGCCGAUCCUUUCCACGCCGGUCUUGCAAAUUUGAUCUAUAACCAUGCCAAAGUUCUUGAAUUUGGUGCCAAGUUGCACCGUGACAAGACCGCUAUCUGCAUGGAAGGUCCUGCUUUCUCUACCCGUGCUGAAUCCCACAUGUAUCGUUCUUGGGGCGGCGAUGUGAUUAACAUGAGCGCUUUGCCUGAAUCCAAGUUGGCUCGUGAAGCCGAAAUUGCUUAUCAAAUGAUCUGUAUGUCUACUGACUACGAUUGUUGGAGAGUCGAUGAAGAAGUCGUGACUGUUGAGACUGUGAUGGAAAACAUGAAGAACAAUGGCAAGAACGCAAAGACUUUGUUGCACGCUGUUUUGCCUGACCUUGAACAAGCUGUUGAACAAGACACCCUUGAACCCAAGCUUAAGGGUUCCAUGAAGUUCUCCGGUAUGACUGCCAAAGAAAAGAGAAAUCCUGCGACCGUUGCCAAGUUGGAAUACAUUUUGCCUGGUUAUUUUUAAAGUGUGUAUAUAUAUAU